UCCUCGUCGUGGAUCAGCUAUUAUUUUGUUAACUGGAGGAUGCAGUAUCAAAGGGCCAAAUGUACUCAUGCUCUCGUUUCUUGUGUUACCACGGCCUCAAAUACCUCGGUACCAACGACCUCAUCCGCCAUCUUGCCGCAGAUUCCAGUCAGGUUUGGUUGCCAUUAGAGACCAUGCAGGCUUCAUUUCACUGCGUGACCCAGUGCGACGGCAGACUCCAAGAGACUCGUCAGCUUUGGGGAACUGUUCCAUGACUACGCCUGCGCAGAGUGCUCGAGCGAGCUGUUGAGAAUGUGAGCUUCGCGGUGAGCUGGAGAGGGAAGAUUUUCUUGCUGUGAACGUUUUGACGAGCUUUUUGAUUAAACAUACUAUGAUGUCGUUACUGAGGUGUACGCGGUCUGCUGUGGGCAUUUGGCAGAUGCAAAGCAGAGUGUGGAUAGACGCUGCUGGAAUGCUCCCACAAGCAUGCUCAGUACGAUGGAAGAAAACUGCUACUAAUCAGGACAAAAGUGCAAGCGACCAGUUCCAUAAUGCACGAUGGAGAUACAUGGUUCUGGGGGCCCUGGCUGGUACGGGUGCCAUGCUAGCUUAUGGAUGGUAUGGAAAACAGGAAGCAGAGCUGAAACCAGAAUUAUCACUUAACAAUAAGGCUCAAGUAUCUUAUCCAAUUUAUACCAGGCAAGAUGUGGCCAAGCAUAAAACUAUGGAAAGUGGAAUAUGGGUAACCUACAAAUCUGAAGUGUACGAUAUUACAAAUUUUGUGGAAAUGCAUCCUGGGGGUGAUAAGAUUUUGCUUGCUGCUGGAGGUGCCCUUGAACCAUUUUGGUCUAUGUAUGCUGUCCAUAAACAAGAACAUGUUUACCAGAUUCUUGAAGAGUACAAAAUUGGGGAAUUGAGCCCUCAAGAUGCACAGGUGACUGUUGAUGCAGCUGAUCCUUAUGGGAAUGAGCCAUUGAGACACCCGGUUUUAAAGGUGAAUAGUAUUAAGCCAUUUAAUGCAGAACCACCACUAGAGCUUCUAUCUGAAAAUUAUCUUACUCCAACUGAAAUCUUCUUUGUACGAAACCACCUGCCUGUCCCAGAGGUUGAUCCAAAAAAUUUCAGUUUAAAGAUUGAGGGAGAGGGAAUGAAAUCCAUUCAAUUGACUCUCCACGACAUUCAAACCAAGUUCCCAAAGCACACAAUUACUGCUGCAUUGCAAUGUGCUGGCAAUCGGCGCUCUGAAAUGAAUGUGGUGCGUCAAGUGAAGGGACUAAAUUGGGGGUCAGCAGCUAUUGGUAAUGCAAAAUGGACUGGAGCUAAACUUUCUGAUGUCCUUAAGUAUGCAGGGCUCCCAGAGAACACAGAUGCUAAACAUGUCCAGUUUGAGGGACUUGAUAAGGAUAUAACUGGGUCACCCUAUGGGGCCUCUAUUCCUAUUCGUAAAGCACUCAACAAAGAUGGUGAUGUGCUUCUUGCCUACGAAAUGAACGAUGAAGCUUUAUCCAGGGAUCAUGGCUUUCCACUACGUGUUAUUGUUCCAGGAGUGGUAGGAGCACGUAAUGUGAAGUGGUUGAGCAAGAUUGUAGUAAGUAAAGAAGAAAGCAAGAGCCAUUGGCAAGUGAAUGACUAUAAGGGGUUUUCUCCUUCUGUGGACUGGGACAAUGUUGAUUUCAGUUCUGCUCCAGCAAUUCAAGAAUUACCCAUCCAGUCUGUCAUCACAGCACCUUCCAAUGGUGAGCAUCUCAGUUCAGACAUGGAUGAGAUCACAGUGAAAGGCUACGCAUGGAGUGGAGGUGGCCGAGAAGUGAUCCGGGUGGACAUCUCACUGGAUGGUGGGCAGACUUGGCAUGUGGCUGACUUGAAUGGGGUGAAGCCAAAUGAAGGGCAAGCUUGGGCCUGGAAAUUAUGGCAACUCACUGUGCCUCUGCCAAAAGACCAGAAAAACCUUGAGAUCAUUUGCAAGGCUGUGGAUAACCAGUACAACGUGCAGCCAGAUACUGUUGCACCCAUCUGGAAUUUACGAGGAGUCCUCAAUAAUUCCUGGAGUCGAGUGAAAGUUACAAUCAAAACAUAAUGAUUAGAAACUGCUUCUGAAUCCAUAAUGUGAGAUUUGUGCACAGUUGCAGCAGACCAUUAAUUUAGUCUAGGUGUCAGCACAUCUUGGUAAUACUCUUGUCUCUAUUGAAGAUUGUGGGAUUAUGUCCCAUUCUAGAAGCUGGUAUUAAGUUUGCAAAGGCACUUUAGUUCAAUGUUGACUUCAUGCUAUUUGAACAUAAAGAUAAACCAACCCAACUGCUUUCCUCGGGUGAAUGUCAAAGUUCUGUCAAACUCAUUAAGGAGAAAUAUAUUAGCAUUCAUCCCUCCAUCAGUAUCAUUUCUUUAAAUUAACCGAUAAUUAUCACAUUGUUUUCAGGGAGGUUGAUAUGCACUGAUUGUGUGCUGUAUUUCUUGAGUUACAAUAAUGUCUUUAGAAAAAAUUCAUUUGUUGUGAAAUGCUAUGGGGCAUUCUAACGUUGUGAGCCAAGCUAUCCAAAUUCAGUGCCUCCAUGUGUCUGGUCUAUUAAAGCAUGAUUCCUGCACCAUCAUACAUCUCUUGUCAUGAUGGCAUUAAUUACAAAUAGCCUACUUUUUAAUUCAACACCACAUUAGUUAUGUUUCAGAAUUUAACGAGCAUGAUUUUUUUUUUACUUUUAUCUCUGCUUAAUUUGUCUUUCUUCCGUUUGAAAAACCUUGCCCAAAAAAAUCUGAAUUGAGAGUAGAGCAAUUAAUGCUCAUGAAAAUAGUUAAAAAGUAACACAAUGAAGUUCUGUUUCCUGCAUUUAUGUUGACUCUUCUUAUUUUUAAAAUUUGUACGUGGAAGAAGCACUGAAAUGACCAUGAUGAUAAUUUUCAAAGUAUCAGAGCAGAUAAUGAACAUUGUUCUGUUUUUACAGUGGUGACUCCACUUAAAGUGAUUCAGUAAGGAUGAGCAUUCUGGAUAUUCUUAAAGUGGUGAAAGAUGCUAUCAUAUUCUGUCUUCCAAUUUGUCACUUGUUCAUCUGUUGCUUUUUUUUUGAAUCAUCUUUCCCAAUGGAAUGUUAAAUCAUUGACAAUUAUAAAAUGUUUCUUUAAAUGUUCACUAUUUUAAAAUCAGCUGGCUAAACUCAUCAAAUUUCCCGGUCUAUUUUUGCCAAUUCAUAAAUGGCUUUAAGUUCAACUUUUAGUUUCCAUUUGAAUCAUGUAAUGAAUGCACAAUUUUCUCUGGGCUCAUUUUGUUAGAAGCCUGAAGAGCUAAUAGCUUGGUAGCUUACUUAAUCAAAAUAAAAUUUCAGAAAAUGUCUAUCCUUGCCUUGCUGUGAAGAUUAUUUUCCUGAAGGAAGAGACAAUAUGCAAUGAAUCUAACUGUAUUUGAGUUGCAGUGAGUCAAAUAAACAUUUAGAGUUGGGGUGAGGGGGAAAGAAAUAACACAUUAAAAAAAUCACACCCAAAUGAGGUUGCAUUGGGUAUAAAUCUGUGCCCAAGACAUGAACAAAUUUGUUGCAUGUAUUUUUGUUUUGGGGAGAUUCGAUGCAAGUAUUUUCUCUUUCUUGUUGUUUAUUAACUUCCCUUUUAUUACCUUGGUCAUAGAGAUUUAGGUGUGUGGUUAAGAUGUCCCAGCAAAGCCCAGGUAGUACUCUAAAACCAGCCAAUAAAAUCAGCACCAGUACCCUUGGUAUAAUACUUUAUACUUUAUUGUCGCCAAACAAUUGAUACUGGAAUGUACAAUCAUCACAGCAAUAUUUGAUUCGGCGCUUCCCGCUCCCUGGAUUACAAAUAUUAAAUAUUACAAAUAUUUAAAAUAGUAAAAAUUUGUAAAUAUUAAAAAUUUAAAUUAUAAAUCAUAAAUAGAAAAUUGAAAAAUGGAAAGUAAGGUAGUGCAAAAAAACUGAGAGGGAGGUCCGGAUAUUUGGAGGGUACGGCCCAGAUCCGGGUCAGGAUCCGUUCAGCAGUCUUAUCACAGUUGGAAAGAAGCUGUUCCCAAAUCUGGCUGUACUAGUCUUCAAGCUCCUGAGCCUUCUCCCGGAGGGAAGAGGGACAAAAAGUGUGUUGGCUGGGUGGGUCGUCUCCUUGAUUAUCCUGGCAGCACUGCUCCAACAGUGUGCGGUGUAAAGUGAGUCCACGGACGGAAGAUUGGUUUGUGUGAUGUGCUGCGCCGUGUUCACGAUCUUCUGCAGCUUCUUUCAGUCUUGGAUAGGACAACUUCUAUACCAGGAAUAUUGCUCAUCCAUUGCUUAAGCCCGCCAAUUUCCAUUUGGCAACUUCUGCCUUGUUACUAGAUUUAAAUGAGCAUUUGGAGUUUGUCUGCUUCCCACUGUUCUGUGGCAUCCAGCACUUUGUUUCCUUCGUUUAUACUUCAUUUCGAUGCCUUGUAAUGGAAAGAAUGAAAACCUCAAAAUGGGGAGGGGGUGAAACACUGAAAAUUUAAAAACUUUUAAUGUUGAGAGCAGAAGUUGAGCGGAAAUUGAAUUUUAACUGUAUAAAAAUAAAGCUUGUGUUAAACUUUCCACAGCAGAAACUGCUUCGUCAUUAAUGUUAAAUUUUAAGUGAGUAAUAUGUUUAUUCAUUAUUUCACUUUAUAAUGUAGGCAUAGUACAUCAUUCUAAUAUCCUAGUUUCUUAAUAUAGCUAUGUUCAUCAUUGAUUAUAUGUAAGGAAAUGAUGAAAAUGCUACCAGUUCUGAACAGAGACUUAAAUGAGCAUUUCAUGUGUGCUCCCUCAAAGUGGAAAUGUCUACAGAUUAAUAAAUUCCAUUAAAGGUUUUGAAUGACUGUUGGGCAAUCAACAUUUGGUGCAAGAUGCUGCUUCAUUCCUGAAUUGGGGUGAGAGAAAUGUAUCAAAAAACUUGUAAUGAAGGCACAAGAUUUUAAGUACAUUUGAAAGUUCUGUGGACUAUCUCUAUUAACAUUCAGUGAUUCUAAUCACUCAAAGAAAGGUUACUUUAUUUCCUCUUUCUUUAAUCGAGUCUUGUGAUUUUGAAACAUUAAAGGAAAUCUGCUGAUGCUUAAAAUUCCAAGAGCUCAAACUGCUUCUCAAGCAGUCCCACAGGGUCAAAGAGUUCUCGAUGCAACAUUGUAUCUCUGCCAAAAGGGCAAUGUUCUGAAAUUAUUCACGUUUUUUUGUAACUCUGUGUUGAAAUAAGGAACUUCAUUGCAUGUAGCUUUAUGCUUAAGUAAGGGAAUUGUUUGUGUUUUGCUUGUUACCUCUGACACAGUGAUGGAAAAUAUUUUGAUUUUCUGCUCCUGUUCAAUUGAUGUAUUUGGAGUCCAGAAUCUGAGUGUGAUAAUGCAUUUGAGACAUCAGUCCCAUUACAAGCUGUUCAUUUUUUCUCCAUUAUGCUUCCAAGAAGGGUAUUGCUGGUUUAGUGGCUAAGGAGAGGAACUAAUGU